CAAAAAAGGAAACCCCCAAUAUCAAUAGUUCAAGACCACCGUGGGCCAUAUUAUAAACACUAGAGGGCUCAUUUUAUAAGAACCAUAGACCUUCUCUACACAAGUCCCCCCUUACAUAACAGACUACUCCAAGUCAACUAUCCGUUCUUAAGAUUCAUCAACAUGGCCAUUGUUGCUAUUGCCGGAGGUACAGGGGGGGUAGGAAAGACCAUCGUUGAGCAUCUACAGCAUCACGGGGCCCACAAACUCUUCAUCCUCGGCCGCAAGGCUCCAGCUGAGAGUACUCCUGAGUCUCCGACAUUUCUUGUGGUGGACUAUUCCAACGUCGAGGCCCUUACCAUUCUGCUAGAAGAUCACAAGAUCGAUACAGUGGUAUCUGCCAUUAAUCUCGAAACCGACGCGGGCGGCCAGUCACAGCUGAGCCUCAUUGCUGCAGCAGACAAGUCUCAGACCACGCGACGGCUUAUUCCAAGCGAAUUCGUUACCCCAAUUGACGAGGAUGACCCGAGUUCGGGCCCUGGCAUCGGAGGUUGGAUUACGAAUGCCAGAGCGCUCAAGCAGACGAGCCUCGAGUACAUCCGCAUCUCGAUUGGAUUAUUUUCUGAUUACUGGGGCAUGCCUCAUAUCAAGAGCAACCUCAAGACUUUCCGAUGGCUCCUCGAUAUAGAAAAGGGUAUAGCCGUGAUUCCUGGCUCUGGCAAUGAGAAAUUCACAGUCACUUACAGCGAAGAUCUCGCCCGAUUCAUCGUUCGCCUCAUUGAUACGGAUGAAAAGUGGCCUCAGCGCGGAUUCUUGUCAGGCUCUGAUAUCUCUGUUAAUGAACUUAUCGAGGUUGCCGAAAGAAUCCGAGGCUCCAAGAUGAAGAUUCUAUACGACCCUGUGGAUAAGCUGGAACAGGGUGACGCCACACUGCUAUGGCACCCCGAAGAGGUCACCGAGGAUGAGUUCAAGCCCUUGCUGGCGGGGCUGUGCCGGAUGAUCAUCGUCGGCGCUUGUAUCUUGCCCGACGAUGACCACCGCCUUGACAAGCGCUUUCCAGAUGUUCCUCUUACGUCUGUGGAAGAGAUCAUCGCCAAGGCUUGGGGUGGCAAGUCCUUCUCUGCCUAAACGACUUGUUCAUGAUGAAGCCAGCGGCUGUGUGAAAGAGCCUGUGUAAGUGGCCGCGCCAGGCUGGCAAUGGACUUUUGGCGAAAUCUGGCUGGCAGCAUAUCUUCCUAAAUGUGGAUAUCGUUUCAGUAGUAUAGUUCUUGAACAGAAUCGAUAGAAAACAAGCUGUCGCCUUCAUAAGCCCUUUGAUAAAUGCCACUGCUCUUAAUCAC